UUUGGGUCUGCGAUACCUCUCCAUUGGAGUUGGAGUAACCCCAGGUCACGGCAGUUGUCGAUCGUGGGGUAAUGCGGAAUUAGCCCCGCCCGGUGUACACCUAUAUCAAGGCCUCCUACAUUCCUCAUUGUCGACCUCAUCUUCUUUCAUGCCGUUAUGGAGCUGCCAACUGUUGGUUAUAUCGGUCUAGGCAACGCCGGAUACCCCAUGGCAGCUUGCCUUGGCAAGAAGGGAUAUCGACUUGUCGUUCGUGACGCGGAUCUAGCCCGAGGCAUCAAAUUUGUUGAAGAGUAUCCGAAGUGCAGGGUGGCUAGCUCGGCAGCAGCGGACUUCAAAGACUGCGACGUGGUUAUCACGAUGUUGCCGAAUGGGAAAGUGGUCAAAGAUGUGUUGCUAGGAGAUCAUGGCAUUGCUCACCAUUUGAAACCAGGCUCUGUUGUCAUCGAUACCAGCUCGUCAUCACCUUUCGAUACCCGUGAACUUGGAGCAGAGCUUAGCAAGUUUUCGGUGGAUCUCGUCGAUUCCCCAAUCACUCAGGAGAAACUCCACGCGAUUGAUACCGGAGGUGCAACAUUGAUGGUCGGAUCCGACUCACCGAAAGCCCUCGAGAAGGUAUUACCAAUUCUCAAGAACAUGAGCUCACAUGUCUUCCCGAUGGGUGGUCUGGGAGCUGGACACACAAUGAAGACAUUGAACAAUUACGUCAGCGUCGGUAGUAUAAUAGCAUUAUGCGAUGCUCUAGUCACCGGCCAAAAGCUCGGCCUCGACCCCCAAACUAUGAUCGACGUCAUGAAUGUAGGAACAGGCAUCAACUUCUCUACCGCGAACUCAAUGAAAAAUCUCAAAUCUUACGACUCGGGCUACCAACUCGAGCUUCUGGUUAAGGAUGUUAAGAUUGCGAAAGAGGUGAUUGAGAGGUCGGGUUUUCAUUCUGAUCUGCCGCAACUGGCUUUGGAAUAUUUGGAAGAGUCUAUGGAAGUUGUGGAUAAGGGUGCUUGCCAUUCUGAGUGUUUGAAAGGGUGGGAGAAGAGAGCUGGGGUGGAGAUUAAGAAAACAGAGAGGGAAGAUGGACGAGGCAUGAAUGGGAAGUGAAG